AUGGUCAGCGAGCCGCAGAAGCAGGCGGAGCGUGGGCUCACCCGGAGCGCGGCGCUGGCCGCGCGGUGCAAGGCAUUCCGCGCUUCGCUGGCGGCGCACUGGGAGCUCUCGGACGCCCUCGGCGGCCAUGAGGCUUCCAUCGCCGACGCCAUUCGAGCCGCGGGCCUCGUCGGCAUGGACGCUGCGGGCGCCUGGUCGGCCUGCGCGCUGGGCAACUGGUGUAGGCAUGCCCCGCCCCUUGGCGCUGUGGCGCUUAGGCGGUCCGAGCCCGCCCCUGCCCGCCGUGUCGCUGAGCUGGAGGUGGAGCUCGAGGCAGCGGCAAGUUGCGCGGCCGGGCUGCGCAUGGAGGCGCCCCCGUUCUGGCCGAGGCGGCCCCCCGGCUCCUGGGCUGAAUCCGCACGGUCGGCGGCGGCCCUCCUCAUGGCCCUCGGCGUGUCCCACGUGGCCUCGGAGUGCGAGCUCGCCGAGAUGACGUUGACGGAGUACGACGACGUAGACGAGUUGCCCGAAGGCGUGGAGAAGAUGAUAGAGUCCAAGGAGGGCGGGAUGCAGGCGGACGGCGACGGUGCCACUCCUCCUGGUCUACCUCCUUGUGGUCAUCCUGAGUUCGACGUAAAGUUGAACGAGAUGGAGUCCGUGGAGGCCGUCAAGGUGCAGGUGGCUGGCGCUGGUGCUCUUCUUCCUGCUCAGUUUUCUGGCGGCGAUUGCGACGGCGCCCGCUGCGCGCUGGAUGGUCGCGAUGGUGGUGUACCCGUACCUGUUCCUUCUCCAGAUGCCGCUGUCGGCGCUCACACCCCCGAGGUUGCAGUUGUGUCGAACAUGCAGCUCGAUACCCAUCCCGAGGACCUCGACGACGUGCCCGUGAGCGUCAUCGAGGCACCGAAAGUUUCUGUUCGGGUCUCGAGUUGCGCUUGGUGGAUCGCACGUGAUCGCAUCGCUCGUGAAUGGCUUCGCAAAGGUCCUGCUGCACAUGACGAUACACCUUGCGAUGGCAUUGGCAAUCACGAGAAGUCCAAGGGCGGCCUGAUCGCAAGUUCCCAUAGCGUCGCGAACGACACGGGGGAGCUGACGGACGAGCAGGACAGCAGGUGCUUCUCAAUUCCCAAUCGCAAGGACAGGUUCGGCCAGAUGGUGAGAUUAGUAUUCGACCACAUGCCGAACCUCGGAAAGUGA